AUGGAUUGGAUACGAUUGACAGCGUCAAGGAGCACGGCAGCAAGGGUAAAAUCGGGCAUCGAUCACGUGGAAUUGAGCAAGCAUGCAAGUGUGAACGACUGCUGGACGCUGCUGGGUGAUCAGUACGAAGUGCAAAGCCAUUGGGAACCGGUGACAAAAAAGCAAGUUCAGGCAAAGACGUUAAUUUCGAAACAGCUGAAAUAA